AUGGCGUCCGCUACAACCCCUACACUCAAAGUCAAGAGCGACUGCGUCGUUUUAGACGGCAAGGAGCUCGAAAUGGAGAAGUGGUCCAUGCCCUACCAAGACGCUGCGACCCGUUUACAGCGGCCUGAGCUGAAGAUCGUUUCGCUACAGAAGGCGUGCAGCUUCGGAGACGAACUUGCUUCUGACGUUUCGUGGGGAAGGGCUGUGGAGCAGCCUGAGCUUGGGACGGUCAAGGGGAUAGUGCGCUGCAGCGCCAUGACCCGAAGGCAGGUGCAGUGCCGCCAAAUGGUCCAUCUGCCGAGCAUGGGGGAGUACUGCCGUUUCCACGUGAAUACGAAGGAUCAUCAGAAGGCAAAGGGAGGGCAUGCAACAUCGGUUGCAGAUUCCAUUAACGAGCUGCUAGACAGUUCAGACAAGGACCGACGCGCAGCGAUCCUAAACACACUUGCCCCGUCCUCCGCUGCUUCGGCUGCAGCAGCUGCUGCUGCUUCUGCUGCUGCAGUUGGUCCCGCACAUGGAGACACCAGCCAGCAAGCGCAUAAGCAAAAGGAGAAUAUACAACAGCAGCAACAAAAAGAGAAUAUACCACAGCAACAUCUGCAUGCAAAGCAGCAAACGAUGAGCAGUAUGUUAGGCCUCCUGCUACUCCCGAUAGCCGUCAUUGCCAUACUGUCGAGUGCUGAUAUUGCGGGCCUACUCACUGUUGCUACUCCCUAUGGUGCUGCCCCUGCUACAGAGUUGCUUCAGCGAAGCAUACUGCUCCACCAAACUUCCAGAAGUACUCCACCACCUGUGAACGGAAAUGAUAGCCUAACAAGCAGCAGCAAGGUUACCUCCACACCUACAGGAAGCUCUGCGCGGAACAGCAGCAACAGCAGCGGAAACAAAAGCAGCAACAGCAGCAGCAGAAAAAACAGCAACGGCAACAGCAGCAGCACUAGUAGCACUACCAGCAGCAACGGCAGCUGCACCCAAUCUUCUAACAGCACCAUAUCCCCCGUCAUGUGCAGCAACAGCAGCAGCAGCAGCCCAGCGGAUAGAGACAAGCAGGCGGCGGAGGCGUUUAGCAGCAGCAGAGACAUGGCUUUGGCUAUUCAACUGUCUCUCACCAAACGCAUGCGUUUCGACAGCACGCCGCACUUGGCACAGCAGGCCAAGGAUCUCCACACGCGGCUGUUCCUACACCCUAAUGCCGAGAUAGCGCUGUUGGCUUUCAAGAACUACCGCUAUCUCCAUCAUAUCGCUACUGUUACACCGCGAGGUGUCCAGAAGCCGCCACAGCACCAACAACAACACCGUGCUGCUGCAGUGGCGGGACAGGCAGCAGCCGGCGCAGCAGCUGCAGAACCAAAAGCACGCGGCGCAAGCCUAGCAACUGAUAAAGCAGGGUCACCUGUAGCAGUGCCACCAGCAGAGGCAGCAGCAGCAGCCGAAGCUGGUUCUGACCAGCGGCAGGUGCCGCAACCCCCCCCUUUGGACUCCGCAGCAGAUGUGCGGCGGGCGCUUCGGGAGUUGAAGAAGCCAAAGCUUGUUUCUUCAACCCUAAGUGCUCUGAAGCAAACACAAAAGGCUGGAGAGGCCUUGCAGCGGUCAGAGGAGAGACAGCAGAAACGACUUGCCAAGGAACAACAACAAAAUUUGAAAGCAGCAAAAAUGCAGCGUGCAGCUGCAUCCACCCCCACUGGCUCUGCUGCUGCUGCCGGGCCUGCAGCAACCGAGGCAGAGAAGAGAGAAAUCCUGGAGAAAAUGCUCCAACUCAAGUCCUCCGUUGCAGAUAUUGUUGACGAGGCAAGUCAUUCCCACUGGAAGACGGCCAGCGCCAUCUGGAGCUGCGAGAGGUACACUGACAGGCUGAAUGCUGCCUGUGUUGCUCGCAACCACCAGCAGCAGCCGCGGAAGGCGACAAAGCGUUUUGUUCAGUGCGGUGGCUGUGGACACAAGCCCAUUCCAACUCUCAACAACCAACUUCCCGAUGGGUGCCCGAAGUGUCGAGUGGCUUCACAGCAUCUCAGUUUCCGCGUGAUUUCCUUGUACGCUCCGAAAGCUGCGAAGCUUCUGGAUCAGGAAAAGCUCUCUAUCGACGGCACAGAGGUAGUUUCAUCGAAACAGCAGCAACAGCAGCUGCGGCAACCCUCGGAAGAAGGUGCAGGCGAGGAAGGAUUCUUCGAACACCCUGAUCUCCCAAAUACUUCCUAA